AUGAAACUAUGGUGGUAUUCAUCAGCUAAUAUUCUUUAUGCAUUUGGUUCAUUAGGUUAUCUUACUGUUAAUAUUGUCAAUCUUAUCGAUAGAGAUACUGUUAAUUCAACUGCUACCUAUGUUAUUUUAAUUCUUCUAGCUAUACUUUUUGUUAUUGAUGCUUUAUUAUAUACAGCCGAUUGGAUUGAACAACGUGCAACAAAAAAGCGUCGAGAAUUAAUUGGUUGUAUACUUAAUGUUGUUGGAAGUCUAUUAUAUUUAAUCGGAGCAACAGUUUUUAAAAACAAUACAACAACAACGACAACGACAUCAACAAGUGAUUUUUCUAGUGUAACUGAUAUACCAGCAUUUGUAUUCAAUAUACUUGGUAUGUUAGCAUUUCUUGCUGAAUCAAUUCUAUCAUUUUUUAUGCCACGAGUUUCAAAGAAACCAUCAAAAUGUUCAAUAGAAUUUUUCGCACAUUUACUUAAUCUAUUGGGUAAUUUAACAUAUUUAACUGCACAUAUUGUACAACCAAUUAUAUCAUUUAUUGCAAGUUUUACAACCAGUUCUUUAAAUCAACUUACUGAUUUUAUUUUUAUUAUUAUUCGUCCAAUUCAAAUUGGUGGUGAUAUUAUUUAUACUAUUGAUGCUAUUCUCUAUAUUAUUGUUUGGAUUAAAGCAAAUGAACAAUUUAGAAAAGUCGGUGUAGCAUGGGGUAAUGCAGUAAUUAAUAAAAUUGGUAUAAAACCACCAAAUAUAAAUAUACCAACAGUUAACAUGUUACCAGAAUCGUUACUUACAAAUACAAAUUUUGAUUUAAAAAAUCAAGCGAUAAAAACCAUUUCCAAGAAAAUACCAAUACCGACAGUUGCGGAUGAAGAAAAUUCAUCGGAUAUGGAUAUAAAAACGUGA